CCUGGUGCACAGAAGUACCAGAUGCCCAACAGCAGCUCCAUCAGCCAGUUCCUCCUCCUGGCGUUGGCAGACACGCGGCAGCUGCAGCUCCUGCACUUCUGGCUCUUGCUGGGCAUCUACCUGGCUGCCCUCCUGGGCAACGGCCUCAUCAGCACAGCCGUAGCCUGCCACCACCGCCUGCACACCCCCAUGUACUUCUUCCUCCUCAACCUCGCCCUCCUCGACCUGGGCUGCAUCUCCACCACUCUCCCCAAAGCCAUGGCCAAUGCCCUCUGGGACACCAGGCACAUCUCCUAUGCAGGAUGUGUUGCCCAGACCUUUUUGUUUGUCUUUCUUUUUUCAGCAGAAUACUCUGUCCUCACUGUGAUGUCCUAUGACCGCUACGUUGCCAUCUGCAAGCCCCUGCACUAUGGGACCUUGAUGGACAGCAGAGCUUGUGCCACCAUGGCAGCAGCUGCCUGGGCCAGUGGAGUUCUCCAUGCUCUGCUGCACACUGCCAACACAUUUUCUCUGCCUCUCUGCCAUGGCAAUGCUGUGAAUCAGUUUUUCUGUGAAAUUGCCCAGAUCCUCAAGCUCUCCUGCUCUGGUUCUUACCUCAGGGAAUUUGGACUUAUCAUAUUUAGUGCCUCUAUUUUUUUUGCUUGUUUUGUUUCCAUUGUGCUGUCCUAUGUGCAGAUCUUCAGGGCCGUGCUGAGGAUGCCUUCGGAGCAGGGACGUCGCAAAGCCUUCUCCACGUGCCUCCCUCACCUGUCUGUGGUCUCCCUGUUUGUUACCACUGUGAUGUUUGCCUACCUAAAACCCCCCUCCAUUUGCUCCCCAUCCCUGGACCUGGUGGUGGCAGUGAUAUACACAGUGAUACCUCCACUAAUGAACCCUCUCAUCUACAGCAUGAGGAAUCAGGAGCUGAAGGAUGCUCUCAGGAAACUGUUUGGAGAUAUAUUGUUUCAGCAUCAGUGAAAUGCUCGUCAUGUGGCUGUUAGAAAUUCAGGAACAGCUCGGAUUGCCUUUAUUUCAACUCUAUUUCACCCUCCCUCCCUGUUUGUUGUUCCUAUGAUAAUUUUCAUUCC